CUCCUCCUCAACAUUUUACCGGAGAAUAGGAGUGGGUCUGGGUGCAUAGUCUGAAUAGCAACGUACUACGUCUGGGAAUAUUCGUGCACGGUAGAGAACGUUCCUCAGAGUUUUGAAUACAAUUUGUUUUGAGGGUUUACCAAGACGUAUUCAUUUUAUGUAAAUUCUUUAUUAAAUGCGGGGUUUUCUGAGGUGGUGGAGCCGCACUGCACAAAUCCAACGAGUUUCAAUUCAACAGUAGCCUAACGACCGACUGCUAUUCAUGGAUGGUCUUCUAUGGGCCACACCUCAAGGCUUUGUUUACUGUGGUCAUAACUCCAUCCAAGGCUCCUGUGUGCCUUGUCAUCUGUACAGCCUAUUACUGUGACACGAGCCUAGCCCGCCGGACUGAUAGCAAGAGGCAAGGACGAGCUAGUGAAUAACCCCAGCCUGAGUAACCAAGGUGUCAAGCAGGUCUCCUCCCAGUGUGUGAUGCAUCAUGGCUCCGGUGCUCAGUGCCUUGUUAGGACUGGGGGUUGCGGGGUCAGGGGUCGCCACGGCAACAUCGUUAGGCAACGAGCCGCUGGUCCUAGUGGUCACCCUGAUGGCCGUCUCUGCCAUCGUGCUGCUCUCACUGCUACUGCAGCUGUGUGCCAGCUGCCAGGGGCAAAAUAAAUCCAAUGGCCGCCCAGGAGACCAUGAGAACCUCAUGAAUGGAGUGUCUGAGAGAGAGACGUUUACCGGAAGUCAAUCUGUGGACAGCCCAGGGACUGACCUAGUGGUGAGCAGCUCACACAACGGCCCACUAACCAGUGGUACAGUGUUGACCGACACCCAGGACAGCAGUCCCCAGCCCUCUGAGGAGAUGCUGUCCAGCCAGUCAGAGCUGCGGAGCUCCAAGUGUCCCCAGGACCGCGAGCUGCCCAGCAUCCCACCCAACAGCGCCCUGGAGGGGAUGGGAUCCUCCAGCGAACCCCCUCUACCCGUCUCUGGAGACGGCACCUACGCGGUGAUGAAGGAGAGAGGCGGCACCUUGACGGCGUCCCGUGACGUGAGCGUUGAAGACUCCCUCUACGAGACGGUCAAAGAGCUGAAGGACCAUCCAGGGAGCCUGGCUGUAGGUCUACCCAACGGACACGGUACUACGUCCCCCUUCAGCCCCGAUGAUGACCCUCACCACCUACCCCCUUCCCACCACCGUCCAGCCCUCCACAAUGGCCACCUCAGCCCCUGCAGCACCCCGGAGCGGGGGCCCCUGUGCGCGGGAGUGGAGUACGCCUCGGUGGAUCUGAACAAGAAGAGCCGUUACAGUGCAGACCUGGAGGCCAGGCGCUCAGCCACCAUCGCUGCUGCUGUGAGCCCCACAGAGGAGCCCGAGGAGGAGGACAGACCCCCGCCUAUACCUGACAAGGUGCUGGAUGAGAACGACAACCAGCCUACUAUGAUGGACGCAGGAGGGGUGGUGGUAAUGGGGGCAGCACUUCACAACGGAGAGUUGCUCUCUCCCUCACCGGGGCUUCACAACCAUGUGCUGUCAGAGAACGAGCUGUCAGACAUGUACUCCACAGUGAGGAAGACACACCUAGACGUGGAGGAGAAGGAGAGUGACUACAGCAGCAUCGCUGAGAUCAAAGGUCUGGUCCCUGAGUCGUCCUCCAGUGAUCUCUACGCUACUGUCAGGGACAUCUACCCCCAGCUCGGAGAGGGGGAGUCAGACCCCCAGGGACCCCCUGGGGACCUCCAGGAGUCUCCUGCAGAGAGCAUCGACCCGGGCUACGAGAACAUCUGCCUCAUUAAGACUGGUAGUGGAGAGGACUUGGGGCUGAGGAACCAGGUUCAGGAGCCAGACUAUGAGAGUGUAGGUGAGCUGGGCCUGGGGUUGAACAGGGAGAGUUCCCGUCUCUAACUGGGGAGUAAAGCUACAGUGUGAGGCCUAAACCUGAGCCUCUGGGGCCUCACCCUCAACCCCAGCAGUUAGCCUAACUAAUAGCCUCACCCUCAACCCCAGCAGUUAGCCUAACUAAUAGCCUCACCCUCAACCCCAGCAGUUAGCCUAACUAAUAGCCUCACCCUCAACCCCAGCAGUUAGCCUAACUAAUAGCCUCACCCUCAACCCCAGCAGUUAGCCUAACUAAUAGCCUCACCCUCAACCCCAGCAGUUAGCCUAACUAAUAGCCUCACCCUCAACCCCAGCAGUUAGCCUAACUCCUAGCCUCACCCUCAACCCCAGCAGUUAGCCUAACUAAUAGCCUCACCCUCAACCCCAGCAGUUAGCCUAACUAAUAGCCUCACCCUCAACCCCAGCAGUUAGCCUUACUAAUAGCCUCACCCUCAACCCCAGAAAUGAGCCUAACUCCUAGCUUCACCCUCAACCCCAGAAGUUAGCCUAACUAAUAGCCUCACCCUCAACCCCAGCAAUUAGCAUAACUCCUAGCUUCACCCUCAACCCCAGCAGUUAGCCUAACUAAUAGCCUCACCCUCAACCCCAGCAAUUAGCCUAACUCUUAGCCUCACCCUCAACCCCAGUCAUUAGCCUAACUCCUAGCUUCACCCUCAACUUCAGCCAUUAGCCUAACUCCUAACUCCUAACCUCACCCUCAACCCCAGCCAUUAGCCUAACUCCUAGCCUCACCCUCAACUCAGCCAUUAGCCUAACUCCUGGCCUCACACUCAAUGCUAACCAUUAGCCUAACUCCUAGCUUCACCCUCAACCCCAGUCAUUAGCCUAACUCCUAGCCUCACCCUCAACCCCAGCCAUUAGCCUCACUACUAGCCUCAACUUUACCUAGCAGCCCUGAUGACAGGAACACCACCUCAGGGCUCUGAACUUCAACCUUCAACCCUACUGCCCAUCAUCACCAAUUCAGGGUUUCCGCCCACUACCCCCUCAGUGCAGUUUGGGUGUGCCCACAACCCAGCGAUAUCUGAUUGAAUUAGCUAUAAUCUUAAUUCUCUAUCAAUCAUGGUGCCCUUAAAUUACAAUGUACGUACUCGGGGUGCUAUCAUAUCAGUAUCUGAACUAUGAAAUCACCAUCCGUUUUCAAGUUAUUGGCGUCCGUCCACUUUGUGAUGUCACUUCUCACUCUUUAUCAUGGUGCACAUCACAUCACUGAAGAUUGAAGGUUAGCUACAUUAUCAACGAUUGCUAUCAAUGUGGGAAGGAAGGACAAUAUUUCUACAUUAUCCAUCACCAUCAUAAUUACUUCCUCAGAUUAUAAAAUAGUACAUUUCUAAACAUUUCUAACCAGUCAUUACGAAUUCAGUUCAUUUUAUAAGCCUGGUGACAAGCUGACUGGCCAGUGACACUUUGUCAGUGCCUUGUGAUUGAAAACCAAUGAGUCUGUGCCAUAAUGUCGUUCUAUAAGGCACUUAUAAAGGUAUGAGUAGAAUGUUUCCCCGCAAUGUAAUGUCAUUUUUUAUAUCAUCUGUUCUCCCUUCCUAGUGCAACAUUUCAUUCAGAACUUCAUGAUAAAUCAGAGAUAUGAUAGAUAUGUGUACUUACAUACUGUUGUGAAAAAAGUAGCCUCAAGUCAGGCAGUUUAGACGGCCGGACUCUCAACGGAACGGCUUGUUUUAGUUUCUAAAACAUUUUUUAUUUGAUUUACAUGUCAACCUUUUUUUUUUUUUUUAUCAAAAUCCUAUUUAUUUGAAGAUGGUGGAUCAUUGUGUGAUUAAGGGAUAUCAGGAAGUGUGCUUGUUUGUGAGGGAAACUUGAAAAGGUUUUGUUAUGUACAUAGGAUAAACAGAUGAAUAAGUGGGUUACCAUGGUAAUAAAGUAGUAAAGGUACUCAUGAAUAAUCCAGACUUUUUAAAAAGGACUCAUUCAUUCAAACAAAAGACGAACAAUGGUGAGACCAUAUCUAUCAAUGUUGUUGUGAUUUCUUGUGUGAAUUGUUCAACUCAGUUGUUUUCUCUAUAUUUCUUCACAUGAUUUAAAAUGUAUUGAAAAUACUUAUAUUCGCUCAAUGUGACAAUAUGCAACAGCAAAAUGGUGUGUUAAUGCAGCUGUAUUGAUCAAGGUGUAUAAUGUGUGUGUUGUAUGGCGUGUUUAUGCUUACCCUAAUGUAGGUACGCAUACUAUUGAUACGGUGGAAAAGGAUUUUAAAGCACAAAGUGUCAAACAACAUUAUGCUACUGCUUCUGUACAGAGCGUAUAGCAACAACAACAUCAUGCAUACAUAUAACCCAUCAUGUGCACAAUUAGAAUAUCAAAUGCUUCUAACUUAACUAUUUGAACAAGCACUAUUAAGGUAGCAUGUGCUGACGACAUGCUAACCGAGGGUUGUAUAAAGUUAGAGUACUAUUUCAUUAAGUCAGCUAAUGUAUGAAUUUGCAAAUGGUAAAGUAUAUUUUGUAGUAUGUAUGCAUGUGAUUUGGACUGCUUAGUAGUGGCUAUAAAAGCACAUACAGUAAAACCAUGAUGCCAUUUUAAGGGAAUACAUUUCGGCUAGCUGUAAGUAUGCCCCUUACUCAGAGAGUGACCUAACUAUUGUUGAAAAUAGACAGUGGAUGAUUGAAUGGUGGCGUAUGACAGUUUGGGGGUGCUGUAGUCUGUUUUAAUAGGACACCAUCUCAUUGGUUAUUUUGUUCUGUUGUUUUAUUCAAGUAUGGUACAUUGUGUUGGUACAGGCAUUUUAAAACAUAAAAGUCAAAGUUGGUACUUUUUUAUUUUUUUAAAGAAAAGUGAAUGAAUAUUGUUGUUUGGUGUUUAUUUUCAAACUGAGUAAGUUUUGACUAAAUAACUAGCUAUUGCAAUGAUGAUAUCUGCAUUUGACAGUUAAACAAUAAUAUUAUCUUACUUUUCCUCCCAUUUCUCUGUUAUCUCAAUAUUGCACAUUAUUGGUGUAUGCAGAGUGAGUGAGUGGAUUUCAUUACACAUGCAUGAGCUUGAAUAAGCUUGUUGACGACAAACCAAGCGCCCAGGUUGACUGAUGUUAUAUUCACAGAUUAAAUCCAAUAAGGAGAGAAAGGACACUUCCCACUAAAUUAGCAACAAUUGAUAAACAUGCAUUAAAGAUGCUAUACCUUUCAGAUGUCCUUUAAAGCAAGAGCCCUACAUAUGAGGUUUUACACACAUUUUAUAGAGUGUAAUUGUAAUUUCAUUCAUGUUAAAUCGCAAAAACAUGACCUUUUAAUGACCAUUGUUCUCCCCAACAGAUUCCAGAUUAGUUCAUGUAGCAGGAAAUGUUUUCAUUUAAACCUAAUGGUGUCUAUGGAAAUGCCAUAAAAGGCUUUUAACAAACGGUCUGUCAAAGAGGAACAUUAUUGCCAAAUCUCACAACCAAAGGUACUACACACAGACGAGUGCACGCACACACACUCAUACAGGAGGGAGUGGGUUGUGUGGGGGGGGAGGCAUGGAGAGAAGGUCCAUCAUAGCACCCUCUCUUUCAGCCCACUGUAAUAAUGAGAAUGAAUAAACAUUCUCAACAAGCAGCAGAGAAUUCCUUACUAUUGUCUUUCAUUAUGGACGCUGUGUCCCAAAUGGCACCCUAUUGUCGCCAUAGGUCACUACUUUUGAACAGGGCCCAUAGGACACUGGUCAAAAGUAUUGCACUAAUAAAUACUGUAGGUAUAGGGAAAAGGGUGCCAUUUGGGAUGCAGCCAGAGCAAUGCUUUCUUUGACAGUUAUGUGCACAUCUGUCAUGAGAUUCUAUCUGGUUUCCUGUGUAUGCAUGAAAAUAUUUUAUGACCAUAAUUCGAAAAUAUUAAAAGAUGUAUAACAAGUAA